GGGCUUACGGGGGCGGGGCCGAGGGAACGAGGUGUGGGCACUCCGGGAGCAGAAGGGAAGCUCGAAGGUUAGAAGAGGGGGUCAGGGGACUGAGAGGAGAGAGCAGGACCAAAGUCCCAGGGGUGGGCUGAGAGAAGGGGACCCGGGGAGGGCCUCCCCAAGCGCCUUCUGCAGCCCGUUCCCUAGCCGGGCCUGGGGAACGAAGGACCAAGCCCCUGGGGCGGGUCUGUCCCAAACCCCAUGGACAGAACGCAGGACUGGGGGGACACAGCGGAGUCCCCGUCCCCUCCCCUGGACCCGCAGCAGGAUGGAGCCUGGAGGAUCCGAGACCACGUCGCGUCCUGGCCGCCAGGGACCGAGAUGUCAGAGGAAGUGGCUGCUCCUGGCCCUGAGGGUGAACACCCCAUCCUGGCCACCUUCCACAGGAAACCUGAGCUGGGGGACAGAACGGGAAGGAAGCAGAAUCCUGCAGCUCCAAGCAUGGACCCACCACGCUGGGACACCAGCCUCCCCCCAAACUGGCCUGGGGUUUGGACGCUCCUGCAGCAGCUCCCUCCUCAGGACAGCGAUGAGCGCUACUGCCUGGCCCUUGGGGAAGAGGAGCUGGCCGAACUGCGGCUCUUCUGUGCCCAGCGGAAGCAGAAGGCCCUGGGACAGGGGGUGGCCCACCUGGUACCUCCUGAGCUUGAAGGACACACCUGUGAGAAGUGCAGGCAGCAGCUGAAGCCAGGAGAAGUUGGAGUGUUCGCAGCGCCUGAGGGUGAGCAGCGCUGCUGGCACUGGCCUUGCUUUGCCUGUCAGGCCUGCGGCCAGGUCCUGAUGCACCUCAUCUACUUCUACCACGAUGGGCGUCUCUACUGUGGCCGUCAUCAUGCUGAGUUGCUGAGGCCACGUUGCCCUGCGUGUGAUCAGCUGAUCUUCUCCCGGCGCUGCACCGAGGCAGAGGGACGCCGCUGGCACGAGAACCACUUCUGCUGCCUGGACUGCGCCGGGCCCCUGGCUGGGGGGAGCUAUACCUUGCCGGGGGGCAGCCCCUGCUGCCCCAGCUGCUUCGAGAGCCGCUACCCAGACACGGCAGGGGCACCAGAGGGGCAGGCGCUCCCGGGUAAGGGAGCAGAAGGUGCCGGUCACAGCGGAAGAGGCGGCGACAGGUUUAUGGGUUACGGCUCCCAUCCCCGUCCCCCGCCAGCCCAUCCCUCUAGCAGCGGCCCGACCUCCCCUCCAACUCCACCCCCGCACCUCGGGGGCCCUCAGCUCUCACCGCGCGUCCCUGGCUGCCGCGCUCCGACGGCCUCCCGAGCCUACUCAGCGCUGCGGUUGGGCGGUGACUCCAGACUCGCUCUCGGGAGGCGGGGACUCAGCUCCGGGGCGCAAGGAGGCGCGCGCGGGGCGAGGGCGCGCACGGGGCCCGGGGACUGAGACCCGCGCUUCUGCCCCACGCCCGGAACAGGGGCAGCCGGAUCCGACCGCAGCAGAGGAAGCGCCCGCGCCCCGGAGAGCGACGUGGCUCAAGUCCCCCGCAGCAGCCCGGACACCCCGAGAGGUCGAGGCGGCCCGGACGCAACCCAGGAACCCGAGGAGAGCGCCCCCUGCCCCACCUGCUCC